AUGGUCUCGCCAGAUUUAGAUCAGGACAUCUCUCCUAUCCCCCGGUCUCGGGAGGAGAACCAGGAGAGGGCCUUCAGUGCUGCUUCGCGACGAAAAGACCGUAGCUUGGAUGCGCGGCUGGAAUCCGCCAAUCGGACUUCCACGCUGCAUAGAAAGCGCACCGGCAAGGCUUUCCACAUUACCAAGAAGAUUAACACGCAGACUGAAGAGCUAUUCCACCGACAUCUAUUGGCUGCCUUCGCCGCCCGCACCAAGAGCACUGGCUCUGCUUCUUCUUCUUCCAUCGCUAGUCGACGCGCGAAGAUGACUUCUCACACAUCUAUCAAUGGCGGCUCUUCCCGCAAGAUGAACCUGGACCUAUCCAACCUGCAGCCUCCGUUUCCUCACGGCAUGGAAUGGGGCUCUUCAACUAGCUCUAUAACUGCUACAGCUGCUGCCACUGAGAGCUACGUUCUACUGUAUCAUCCUCGACCACUUUCGACUCGAGUUCCCGCCUACGUCACCCAAACACCCAUACCAGCCUGGAAUACGCAGCAUAUACCCCCCGUAUGGACACGUUUGCAACAGCAAAAUUCGACCUCCAACCAGGCCUUCACUGACAACCAAGCUGUAGUUAUGUGGCAGCAUCAAAUGAUGCAACAGGCGCAAAUGCCAGUGGGGACGGCCACGAGCAUCCAGAUGCGGCAGUUCAGACAUUGUUUCUCUUCCGCUCCAGAGUUGCUUUUCCAGCACAUCGUGCCACCUGCACUGGCUGACUAUAUCUCCCGAUCAAGCAGUGGAUACAGUCAUGACCACUACCGCGAAUCUUCCCAACCUAACAGCACCUACCCCAAUUUACAUCUCUCCACCCAGAAGACACAUCUGGCACAGAUGGUCCCAUUCAUUACCAACUCACCUAAAGUUGAGACUCUCUCAGCAGAUACACAGUCCACCCCAGAUUUCUGCCCAACUCCCGAUACCCCUCUAUCCCUAACAGCCGUUGAAACUGCCGAGGCAGUAGCCACGACCAUGGAACGCGAUGAAGUCAUGGUGUCGCACGAGAAACUAGACCCGGACUUCAACGAGUUCAGCCAAUUCGCGCUCAGUCUGGUAGCACUGUAA